UGUGGAUCCAGCGGAAAGGCAACGGCAACAGGAACUAUUAUUUUCCGGACAGAAAAAUAACUGCAAUAACUGUCGCCAAGUGCAGCGGCCACUUUCACAGGACUCGUUAUCAGCUGUCAGCUACUGGAUCCGUGGGUCACCGUGAAAUGUUGGACAUUUACAAGUAACGCAGCUGUUGUCCUGCAACGCAGCUUUGUCAUUAGAGGCACCACACAGCAAAAGUAAUUGUGCACCAGUGCGGAAAGGGAAAUCCUGCCGAAGCCAGCGCAGGCCAAAGCGAAAGCGUAAAAGUGCUGGAAGUGAAUCGAAAGCUUUUUGAUCUGUGUGUGGGCGGAGGAAGUGAAGCUGUUAAGCAAUCUAAGAGCAUCAUUCGAAGUGGAAAAAUUGUGUAGAAAGUGCGGUCGAGAGGAAUUGGGGCUGUCUUCUGCUGCAACCCAACCCUACCCAUCCUUCCGUCAGGGCCGUCUGUGCCUGUGUCGAGUGGCCACGUGUAAGUGAUUUGAAUAGAGCAAAAGAUGAAUAAGUAGCUUUGCAAGGAAAGCGAAAAAAUUUUUUUUUCUCGGUCGGCGGAUCAGUUGGUGCAGGAUCAUCGGAGGCAGUGCGACAGGCAGCGGACAGGAUUCUGGGGGAGAGCGUUCGGAUUGUGGUGCGGAGGUUUGCGAACACAUACAUCCACAGCGGCACAUUUCCUGCUCCUGACGCAACUGCAACCGUGGAUGGUGUAAACGAUCGCCAGCACGACGUCGCAAGCUAUGAGAAGCGAUUGAAUUAGUCGAUAGAUGUGGGGGUGACAUCGAGAUGGGCCAGGGGCUCGAACCGCUAACCGCAGAUCUUUGUCUGUCCUCCCGGUCGCAGCCCCCCCAGCUUCCGUCUCGCACUGAUUUCUUCGAGCAAUCGAAGAAGAAGAACGUGUCCAAAGCAACAGCAGCAACUAGCACAUCAGCUGAAGCAGCAGCAGCACCAUUAGCACUACAACUACCGUUACCCAGUGGAAGACGAAGCGAUCGAUACAAGCGGACGCCUUGGCAGCUGUCCGCGGUGGGCAGCUCGAAGUCGAAAACACAAGGCAUCCGUUCAACUCAGCUUUCAAUGCUACUAGAUUUUCCUUCUAACACACACAUGAUGGAGUUUGGCUAGGCCUUCCUACUAAGUAUGCAGAAGCCAAGCUCAACUUAGUGCCUCUUGCGGGACGGCACUAAUAAAAUCAAACAACAACAACAACAAAAAAACAAGAAACACUAAUUGACAGUAACUGGUACUGUCGAACCAAAACAGGGAGUAGCUACCGCCAGGCCGCAACCAUACCAUCCACGGCCUAGUAUUCGAACAGCCACAAAGUGUUGCCCCUGUUGGCCAUGGAACCACCUGGCGUGCUGCCACCGGACCGAGAUGGAGGCAAGCUUCUACAGCAGCAGCACAGCCUACAGCAGCAACAUCAUCCGCAGUCACCUCCACCGACACUGGCACUGGCGGCCACAACAACAUCGCUACUACAAACGCAAGCUCAACAACCUACGCAACAGUUACAACUGCAACCGUACCGCAACAACAAUCAACUACAGCUAGUGCCAUCUCUGUCGGUAACGAAUCAUCAGCAGCUACUCGCAACAGCAGCAGGAGCAACGACCACAUCGACGGGGUCAACGACCACCAUCAACCAAAGUGGGAGUGGAGUCCAGACGGGGAUCGAGAAACUGUCGCGACCGAUGGCAUUUGAUAAGAUGGAGUGUCUGGUGCGGGAAAUGCAGGAUCAAGAGGCUGGGGUGCCGGUUCGCAGUCAGAAACUUUUUCUCACCUCUAUCCCUUCGGCAUUUAUGGGUUACGAUUUGAUCGAAUGGCUGAUGGAACGGUUGGGCAUCGAGGAAUCGGAAGCGUUGAACAUCAGCAAUCAGCUUUGCAUGCAUGGCUACUUUUUUCCGGUGUCGGACUCCAAAACACUGGUGGUGAAGGAUGACUCGUCGCUGUACCGUUUCCAGACACCGUACUAUUGGCCCUGGCAGCAGAAAGCUCCCGACAACAUCGAGUAUGCGAUCUAUCUGGCAAAACGUUCGUUGCGGAACAAGCAGCGCCAUGGGUUGGAGGAUUACGAAGCGGAAGCGUUGGGUAGUUUGCACAAAAAUCUCAAAGGAAAGUGGGACUUCAUCACGAUGCAGGCCGAGGAACAGGUUCGGUUGGCCAAGGAACGUAAGAAAGGCGACAAGAUCGUGGGAGACUCGCAGGAGCGAGCCUACUGGAGAGUGCAUCGUCCUCCACCGGGGCAGUUCACACCGAUGGAAUCCUGUCCGAUUCCGUCCCGUGAUCGACAGGGAAAGCCUCGGAAACGUACGGUUGAUGAUUGGCAACGAGAGGUGGAGAUUUUGAAGGCUUCGCUUGGGCGCAACCGCGUCAAAAUGUCACAGGCGUGCGAGAGUCUGGUGUCCUAUUUUGAAACCUUCAGCGAAUAUGAUCCUAUGAUGCAACCACCAUUGCCAUCGAAUCCGUGGGUUACCGAAGAUGUCAGCUUCUGGCAGAUGAACAAUCCAGUCGUCGAAGUGCCAACCGAGAAACGUGUCAAACGUUGGGGAAUCUCCAUCGAGGAGGUAGUGUCCGAUCCGACCGGACUGCAAGAGUUUACUGCUUAUCUGAAAAAGGAAUAUUCCCACGAAAACAUUCGGUUCUGGAUGGCGGUCAAUGAUUUGCGACGGUCGUCACAUUCGCAGAUUUGCAGGAAGGUUAAGGAGAUUUACGAGGAGUUUCUUGAGCCGGGUGCUCCUUGCGAAAUCAAUAUCGACGGUAAAACGAUGGAAAAAGUACAACUCGGCCUGAGGAAUCCGUCUAGGUUUGCGUUUGAUUUGGCAGCUGAACAUAUCUACAUGUUGCUGUUGAAAAAGGACUGCUACCCACGUUUUAUUCGAUCGGAACACUACAAAUCGUUGAUGGCCAACGCAAUCCAGCCUUCACACAAGAAACGUUUCUUUGGCUUCGGGGGUGGAGCUAAAAAGAAAGGAUCUACGACAGCUACUCCGAAUCCAUCGCUUCUAACGCAGCCCUCCGGUCAAGGAACAGGAAUUGUCAACAGUUUGUCGAAAAGACGUGGAAGUGACCGCAGCUUGUCGGGGUCUGCCCACGAGUUGGCUGUGUGUGGGGUUAAGGACAACACUAAGGUGCCACAUUCUCAUAGCCAAAGCAAUCUCAGCGAUAUUCCUUACAGUGUCUCAAUCUACAGAGGUGACAUGCCAUCCGGCAGCUAUGUAGGACAGUCGGCCCUCCUAGUGGGAAUCACCGAACAGAAAAACGGAAAGCAGGAAGUCGGAGGUGGUAAAUCUUUGGGCACUACCCUCGAGGUAACCUUGGAGGCGACUGGUGCCUGUGCGGUGUGUCCCUGGGAUACGCCAUCGACUACGAAAGCGCCUACCGCUGGCAAGGAGCCAUCCGUUCCCGUAUCCGUGUCGGUAUGCCCAUGGGAUGACGGUGAUGUCCAGUUACCUAUCAACAGCAAAACAAAAGCGGCGGAUGUUAUCCGCCCAGCAGAUAUCAGUGACGUAUCGGAGCGGAUGAAACGAUCCUGUGGACUCCGUCAGAACACGCUGGAUAGUGAUUUCCAUAGUUCCAAACGGCUGGCACCUGUGGUAACUGAGCAACGGAGGGCCUCCAUGACCAUGGCACCGAGACUCUCGGAUCUGCAGUUUGCACUUCGUGCUAAUUCGACCGGCGGAGAUUCUGCCGAACCGGUUUGUACUCUGCAACAGCAACGGUCUGUGGACUAUCCACGCAAUGUCUCACAAGGAUCGCUGUCGACAAGCUUCGAGGACCGUGAGGAUUCUACUGUAUCACCUACCAUUUCGAACGAAAAUCUGAGCAAACAGAAAAAGGAGAGCAUUUCCGAGCAGGGUGCUGAACAGCUCGGUGUAAAAAGUGUUGUUGUUGAAGAGAAAACUAGUGAAACAGAAUCGAACUAUGAACGUAUCGGUGAGUGUACAUGUGCGACAACACAAACAAACAUUGUCACUGGUUUUACUGUGAGAAAAGACGAGGUUAAACCUAUGGAAGUAACUGACGGCCAAGGAGAUGAACGAUCAGUUCUGAGUGUUUCUGAAGCUGGAGCUCAACAAUGGGAAAGUGUUUCGGAUAAGCUACCGCCUACGAUUAGUGUUUACUUAGCGAACUCGUCGGAGGACGAGGUACAGCAGCGGAAGCAGUCGUUGGUGGUUUGCGAGAGUUCACUGACUGAGGACCGCCAGGAAGCCGAAGAGGUUUACUUUACCGGAGAAGAAAACGACGAGGAUAUCGGAACGGCUGCUAUGGAUCGCACAAUUUCCAACCCUCCCCAAGAUAUGUCCCCACUGGUGGAGGACGACAAUUUCUCCGAAUCACUUUCACACCCGAAUCAAUCGUCACUGGAACAGGUGGACUACGAUCUAAUGAUGGAGGGCGAAGUCAUGGCACCCGGUUGUGUCGCCCCGGCUCCAACACCAGCCCCUUCGAUUGCCCCGCUGGCGGAAGUGGAGAUGGAUCCGGCCGAUGAUGAACCCGAAGCGGAAGCGGAAGCGGAAACGGAAACGGAACGCACCGAGACGGUGACGGUUCACGUGACAACGCGAGAAAAGCAGGAACUGGAACCGGAAGCGUCGGCCGGAGCCACGGUUGUGAUAAUCGAGGAUCAAAUCAAACGAAAGAAACGACGGGAUCGGAAAGAACGGGACAAGGAUUCUCUGCAGCAGCAGAGAAGUGAGGACGACAACAGCGAGAAGAAAGGAAACGCCGUUUGCCCGUGGGAUGAUGAAGAUGAGUCGGCCGCUGAUGACGCCCCGUAUGUGAAGACGUACUCGACGCUGGGUUAUCUAUAAGAACGAUUGUUAAGGGGUCUGAACUGGCGAAGGACAAAUGGACAUUGUGGAGUGAAACAAGAACGCUGGCAGCAUUGUUUUUCAACUGUUGAAAUUAUUUUCUAAAGCAAGGUUGAUGAUUGAAGUAUGAUUACAGAAAUGAAGAUUCUCACUGAACUAAAUUUCAAACAGAAUUUCGAUUCAAGCCCUAGAAUCAAUUCUGUUGCGAAAUUUAGUAACUUUUUUUUCACUCAAAGCAAGCAGUGACAGUUCACCAGAAAGAAACCAGUAGAAGGAUUUUGAAUGGAAAAGGGAUCGAGAAGAAUAAGGACCUUGCUAAGGGUAAGGUUCGGUGGAGUCUAUUACUACUGUUUGGUGCAUCCAAGAGCCCCACUUAACAACAAAAUAUAAAAACUAGAAUGCAUCCAGCAUGGCUAUUGGUACUAAAUUCUUCAGGAUUCUAUUCGAUCUCUUUCGGUUGACGAGGUUCAGUGCAAAAAAAAACACUGACAACGGCAAUAAGAUGUUCACGCUGGUUUUUCAAAACAAUUAUAAAAUCGGUGUAAAUUACCUAUAAAAUUGGACGAUAUCUCAAAAUGUGCGUUUUUGAUAUAAAUGAAAAUGGUGUAUGAACAUACAAGUGCACGUGGCGACAGCUGGUGCUUUCAAUUCACAAUAGUUCAAGGCUAACUAGUCCGUAGGGGGGGAAUGAUUUCUCCAUCAAAAUACCUUAAGUCUACGACGAUUCAAAUAUAUCGGAAGGCAAGGAAAGCGAAAACCUAGAAUGGUUCAUAUGACAGUAACUAGAAAUGUUUGAUAAUGGAUUCGAUAGAUGUUUAGAGAUAAGUGCGAAACAGCAAAACCAGUAAAACAAGCAAGAGUCACAAAAUAGUAUUGCAUCGAUACCCUGCACGGCCUUGCCGUCAGGCAUUGUAAAAGUUGCAAUUUGGUUACUAUAAUCAAUUGGUUAAAAACACAUUAAACGCAAACUUUACAUCCAUCUUAUAAAUUUAUACUUCAUCCCUUAACAACGUGAGCAUAUUGAGGUACUCUAUACCUCAGUGAAUGACCGUAAGGUUAAAACCGAGGGUAAAUAAAGCAACAUAAUAAUAAUAAUGAGGUACUCUAUAUUCUAACUGAACCAGUGUUUUGUGCAACAACAAAAAUUAGCGUGUAAUAUUCAAAUCAAACAUAAUUCAGCAAAAAAUGGCAAAUGUCAACAAUACUUCAUUGGAAUGUGGUUGAAUAUGGCAUCUUAAGUAGGCUAAGAGAAUAUAUGAAAUAAUUGAAAAAGUAAAAAAAAUUAGUCUUAAAGCAUAAACAAACACACAAAUGAAAUAUAUUGAAAGUGUCUGAAUGCCAUAUUGAACGUCGCGUCUAAUUCAUCGUAUCAUAUAAACUUAUUAACCAUACGAAAAACCAGCGGAAUGUUUUUAAUUGACCUGGGAUGUAUGCAGCUGGAAUUGAAUUAGUCGAUAUGCACGGAAUAAGAAACAUGGCUCGAACUGUCACUGCUGAGCUGCUACCUGAUUGGGGCGGAAAUAUUUCAAGCGAACUCAAGUGUUAGCGAUUUUAUAGCGAAAAUUGACAUUUUACAGUGAUUUUAUAGCGAAAAUUGACAAUUGUUCAUUGUUUAGCUGAUUUAAAACUUGAAUUACGACCAUUGGCUUUAUUUUCAUGGAAUUAUGCUGUUCAUUUCAUAUCGCAUUUCGCUUAAGUUAUAAACCGGAAUCACGAUAAGAACAUUUAACGUCAAGAUUAUUUAAAAAUACAUGAACUUGGAAGUUUAUUUCAUAUUGUGAUUUAGUCUCAACAGACGUGUACAGAAAUAAUUAUCGCUUGAAAACUUUCGAACCCGAUUUAAUAUGGGAAUGUCGUUAGAAAAAUUUUUGGCAGCCUUCCAAUAGAAGCUAGGUUUGACAGUUGGAAAAACAAAAUCAGAGGAUGUCAUGAUUUCGAAUUCGAGAAUGAUUCGUCAAGUAAAGGAAGCAAAUUGAUCAGUCAGUCAUGGAUACAACCAGCAGCAUAAUUAAGGGUUAAUAUUUACAAAGAAUCAAACAGUAAUUCGUUGAAAAAUUCAGUGAUUUUUAUCGUCAGAUAAAAGUGAAGAAAAUAUUCAUGUACAUGGUUGUUAUUUAAGCUGUACAACAACAUAUAUAUAUUCUCUCUCUAUUUAGGAAAUAACGUAAUACAAAUUUGAACAAAUCUUAAUCUAUUAUCGAAACGCAACACUUUCAAAACGUGCAGCCCUCUACUGUCCAUUGCAUAAACCAAAACAAAAAACUCAAUGGAGGCAGAAGAGAGUGAUGAAUUAUUAUCAAAAUAAAACGAAAGCCACCGGUUAUUAACUGAAACAACACUUAUUUUAACCUUACUACUCUUGGAAAAAACAAAAUUCCUUAGAUCAAAAUUCAAGAACACAUAUAGGGACAAACACUAAUCAACUAAUCUUUGAACGGGUAUAACCAGAUAAGCGCAUAUUUGAAAUCAAUUUAGGAAGGCUAAACAAAUGAAUUUCUAUUCGUUCUACAAAUUCUGCAAAAUUUAUCAUGCAUUGUUGAGAAAAAAAAUAGGGGUGCAUAUCCGGAACCGAAGAGAUCACCAUUGUUAACCUGAAAACGUACGCUAUUCUCCUUGCCACAGGCUGGAUCUGGUUGUGGCGAGCUUGUUUUUGAAUUUCUCAAUUACUUAAUGAAACUUGUAGUACUUUAAAUUUGUUUUCUAAUCUAAUCUAAAAGCUGUGCUAAAAUUUAGAGUUUGUCGAAUAAUUUUUGCGUUUCUUAGUUAAUCGAGGAAUCGAGAUUUGACUUUCCAUUAUGGAUGAUACAUCAAUGGCAGCAUUGGCUUCAUUUUAUAGCGAGCUAGCUAGUAAAUAUCAAUUUUUCGAACAGCUCACUUGCAAUCUCAAAUGUGAAAUAGCUUCAUAGAAAUUUUCAUCACAAAAUGACAUAAGCCUAAACUAAUUUUACCCAGCUUCAUAUUCAUCAACAAAUAUUUGACGUUUUUAGUGACUUACCAACGGGGUCUGGAAAUUCUAAUAGUAGAAAGCCUACUGCCCUGGUGACAAAUCAUUGAAAACGAGAGAGAUGUCAAAAUCGUACGUUGUUUCACUGAUGAAAACAAACGUCAAAGAGAUUUCCGAUCGGACCGUAAUAAUCGAAACAGAAAGUAAACUAAUGUCGUUUUCGCUUGAUGUUAAACCUAACCCAGUUUCCACUCUAACUGCUGUCAAACCGCCAGUUUCGAACCUAGUUUUGACGUUUGUUGAACUGAAAAUCGAGUCAGUUUCGACCCUGGUUUUUAUAUCAGGCUUGCUGAAGCCCACGUUGCAAAACCAACACAGUUUCGUUAAAAGUGUUUGUUUGGUGAAACCACCCUGGGUCAGUUUCAAUUUUCUCGAGCAAAAACGACAUAAGAGAAACUGUCAUUUGCAAUUAGGACUUUCUGUAAUGUUUAUCGAGAUAUGUUAUUCGUCUAAUGAACGAUUCCUAUGUUCCGUCAGUGGGUGACCGUUAGCGUCAAGGAAUGACAAUCAGAGAUGCCAGGUAAAAAUUUCAAAUAUCUUCAAAAAUCUUCAAUCUUGUUUCGCAAAAGUCAGUAAAAAUGUCUGCAGGCUUCAAUUUCACGAGCAAACAAAAAAAACGUGGGGACAAUUUCAAAAGUCUGUAAAUUUUUAAGAAAUUCUGCGAAAAAAUCAAUUUUCAAAAGUCUGCCUAAAAAAGUCUGCAAACUUGACAUAUCUGAUGACAGUGGAACGGAAUUGCAUGAAAUCAGACAAUCAGAGGUGUCAGAUAUAUUUAUACAAAAAAAUCUGUAUUUAUCUGUAUUCACUAUAAAAUCGAUAUUUUUAUUGCCAGUGUUAAGACUCUAGCGCUAAAAAUAAAUUUUGACAGGAACUUUUUGCUUACUCAUUAAUAUAAGUAUAAAUGCCAUGUGCCGAGCACAUCAGAGAUGCCAGGUUAAAUUUUUAAGCAGGACUUGAAAAGUUUGUGUAAUCAAAUUGUUGCAGUGACAUUGGAAAAAAUAUCGCAUUUUAUCAUGCAAAAGUGAAAGUUAAAUGCUCUAAAGAUGUAAAUUUCAAACAAGUCCAUUUAACAUUUGAUAUUAAGUACAAUCCACAAAUAUCUGUUAAUCAGAAAUCUGUGAAUUCAGGUAUAAUUCUGCUUAAGUGGCAUCACUAGUUUUCAUAUACUGGACUCAUUUGUAUGUGUGUACUGCGGCAAAUGGACUGUGUAAAUAUUUUUUUCGCAGGUGUCUAAUCAAGUUUAAAAUUCGCAAUAUAGUGAGAAUAUUUUUAUCUCAAUCUUCAAUUACGAAAUUGAAUGUUUGCAAUUUUCAUCACCAAUCGGAAUCAAAAAAAAUACAAUUCCAAUAUCAUAUACUUUCAAAAUGUUAAUUUAAUGCUCAACUUCAAAUACCAACACUGUUUUCAGAUUUUCAAAUCAAUUUUUGAUUCGUCCAAUGAUUACGAAACUUUUAUCUCGUCACUGCUACCAAAGAGAGCUCAAACGAAAGAAUAUCGAUUUGUUUUUUUCCAAUUCUUUUUGUGAAAUCUGUAUUGAGUUUAGGAAAUCUGUAUAUAAAAUCUUCAAUCUGUAUAAAAUGGUUUUUGCGCAUGUAAAAUUUGUAUAAUACAGAUAAAUCUGUAUAGAUGACAUCUCUGCAUUCAAUACGUAUAUUUGCCCGAUGUGUCAUUAUUACAGAACACUUUUUGACGUCUGGUACGUGUGAACAAUUCGAGAAUAAAAUCAUUUAAUUAAUGUUGACGGACGGUGACGCCUGGUUAACGUUGACGGAAACUGACUGGUCCUCUGAAUCGUACUUAAAACUGGUUGAUGUUAGAUAUUUUGUGAUGAAAACAAACUACUUACAAAAUGGCAACGAUGCAUUUGUGGUUGUAAAUGAGCUGUCAGAUUGUCAAAUAAUCGAUUACAGCAGAAUGCAUCCGGUUUUCUGGUUUGACGAACGAGUUUGCCGUAUCCAGAAUCCUUGAAGUAAACCUAUCACGAAAUAAUCUGCCAGUGUAAUCGGCAAACAGCUAACCUUAUGUACAUAUUUGGAAUUCGUGCCAUCAUUUACUACAGUACACCGGCGACUGUCACUUGAUUGUCACUGAAAGAUGGAACCACUGUUAGUCAAUAGUAGUAGGUGGAGCGUUGAACGUUGAACAACAAAACCCAUAAGUUUACAACAAAACAAUAGGAGAAAGAACAAAUGGAUGAAAAAUAAACGCGAAAGUUUAUUGAAUUUUAUCGCCAACAUACUAAGAAGAUAACUAAAACAACAAACCAAUUGAGAUUAACUCAUCGGUGAAAUUUGGCUAGUCGUUUUGAAAAUCCUCUCCUUCAAAAAAAAGUACUAACAGUAAGUGAAAUUAAUAGUGAACUGUAGGUUGGAAAGGUAAACAAAAAAAUAAGUCAGUCAGUGUGCCGCUAUAUUAGAGACUAUGUUUCACCACAAACAGAGAUUUAGACUACUGCAACGCAAAUGGCUAGCAACUGGCAGAAUCUUCGAGCUGGCUCCAGCUGAUCUCAGAUUUGCCUUUUAUUGUUGGUUUGUCGUGUUGAUGUCAGAGACGGCAUCCGGCAGGGUGAAGAAUCUUAGUUUAUUAGCCAAUAACAAAGAAAAAAAAACAAACAAACAAAAAAGAAAACUUGCUGCAAAACAUAACAACAUAACCUUGAAGUGAGAUGACAGUUAAUACUUAUCGCUAACAAAAAAGAACACACACACCCACGCAGAUGCAAAACAUAGGCAAAAUAUGUUGUAGUAAGAAUCGAAUAAAAGUACAAUAAUUAUAAAGAACAUGUGAAAGGUAUGAGUCAGAGAAUAAAUAAGGAAAAAUGUUGAAA